AAACAAAAUAGUACAGAGAAAUGAAUGGAAAUACCUAUUGGGAUGGGACUGCAAGCUCCUAAAAUUAUACUCGUUUACUUAGUUUUUGCUUCCGAUCUCUUAAUUUUUUUGGUAAACAUAACAUCAUGAUGAGUCAUUUGUUCUCAAUGAAAAUCAACUCGCGUCGUCUGGUGCCAAAACGGUUCAUACAGGUCGUGUGUACGCAACUUCUGGCCUGGAUGAGUAGUAGUGUAAAACGUCACCACGUAUCUGGCCAAUAACAAUCCCGGAUCGAAUCUGGCGGAGGGCGUGUAACGUUGAACGGCAACCAGUAGUAGUAUUGCGUUACUUGUUAUAAAGUCUCGACGGUGUUCUUCCAGCCUGCCUGUUGUCUGGAGUUUGGGACCAUCCAAUGUCUGAACUAUUGUUUGUCUGUUUUACUUACACCCCAGUAGCUACAAAAUAUUAUAGUUUGCAAAAGCUGCAAAGCAGCAAAAAAACGUUGCAGAAAAAUUCACUGCGCUACUGGCAUUAUGGAUUCCUGGCUGAGUGUCUUCUAUCGGCAGUUCUUUCAUCUUGGCUUAAUAUUCCAUUUGGUUGUCUCAUGUCCACCUUCCAAAAAGGAACCCAUGGCCAAGCCUUAUCCGGAUGCAACAGAUGUUGUGAACGCAUGGGGAUCCAUUCAGUCGUUUCGGAUAAGACCAUUCUACAGGAGAGAGCAUGUACUACUGGAUUGUGCCGUUGAAUUUUCCUACGAUGCGACACGCGUCAUUUGGAUGAGGAAUCACGUUCAUUUAAAUCUGGACGCUCACAGUGCCGCUGUGUUUCCCAAUGGCACUUUAGUGCUCUCUGACGUGAAUUAUGGCGAGCAGGGAAUUUAUCAGUGUAUUGCUCCCACGGACACCAAUCGGUACCACCAGGAGACCCACAAGCCGCCGUUUACCACCAAUCUCUAUCCGGGUAUGCAGUAUAUCCUCAAGGAUGCAACGGUAGCUGGCACCAAAAACACUUCCGAUGACUGGCAAAUGGCGCAGACACUGUAUGAUAUCCCGUACAACCCCCGUCAAGCAUUUCCACUAUAUUGCCGAAACUAUCAAGAAUUCCCGCGAAAUUCCCACCAUCCGCACCGGACGGUGUACUGGACGUACAACGAUGUAGAACUCAGUUUGGAAGACAGCGAUCGAUUUGUACACAUCGGCGAGACGGAUAUGUUGGUAGUGUUGGAUGCCCGGAAAACGGACAAUAAAGCUGUCUUGCAGUGUAUUGCUGUAUACCAUCAUUCGCCAUCCGAUCCCGAUACACCACAUCGGGAGAAAUUCGCCUUGGUCAAAGCCGGUUACCGGUACCGGUUACAGUACGUGAAAAGUUUGCGACUGGUGCAGAAUUGGGAUUAUUACCGUAACCAACCCAAUGAAUAGCUGCAGAAUUCGAAGUGUUUACAAAUGAUUGGGAAAAUGUUAUGGUCUGCGGAAAUUUCGCUGUUGUACUUAAUGCGGCUUUUUGUGAUUUUUUUCUUGUGUUUGUUUUGUGUAUGCUCUAUUGCACUGCAGUUCACUGCAGUCUACAGAUGUUGUUAUUAUUUUGUUUUUAUAUAAGUCGUUGAUUUAUUUUGUCAUUGUCAGUAAUUAAUUACAGUAGUCCAAUUAUAGAGGAUUCUUUGUUGCGUUAACAAAGCCGGCCCGUAUAUGUCAAGCGCGGAUGUUUUUUGCUGUAUAUAAACAAUUUCUGAA